CUAUGAAUUCAUAUCCCUCACGCUCGACAUUAAAGCGAGAGUGGUGAUGCUCAAUUGGCUCGUGUUUUACACCGUCGACACAGUACAUUCGAGUUCAUUUUCAACUCCCCAAAUCAAGGCACCGCUAUUUUUAUUCCCGGAUAUCCGCGAAGGGAAAAAUGUACUCUGGCUCUUGUGUCCUCCAAAGUUUAAGUCUUCUCCGUCUUGAAAUGGAAGUUGAUAACCAGAACCCAUCUGCAAUUAGAAGGUUGCUUGCCAACAAAGCACUUGUUGCAGACUUGAACAGAAAGAGAAAACUGCAUGCCGAGCAGUUGGGCUUGCCUAUAUCAAAGCAUCAAUGUGGAAAUGGAAACUUAUUGUCUAAGCCUCAUUCUACGUUUCAUGGGAACCUAGAAAUAGAGGAUUCCAGUUCAUGUACUACCAAAGUUAAAGCUGAGGGAGGGGCUAUUGAUGAUGGAUCAGAAAGUGGUUCUGCAAAAGAUAGCAAUAGUUUUGGUGGAGGUUAUGAUUCUGUGAUAUCUGUGCAUGCUGGAGCUAAAUUUGAAGCUGAUAAUGUUAAAAUUUCCCAAUAUGACAGAGCUUCUUCCUCGGCUUCUGGUUGGGGAUCCAGCUCCCUUGAUUCCUGUUGUUCUUCAGAUGGCAGGACAAUAAUUGAAAGGAAUAUUGAUGAAGACCAAGAAAUGUCUUCUGCUGCACCUGGAGAGCUUGAACCUGCUAAUCUUGCUGAUAUUCUAAAUAGAGCUGAGAAUCUUGAUGAGGCCCUUUUAGAAUAUGAAAGCCAUAUUGAUUACAUUUACUCUGGACAUGGAAAUUACAUCAUUGAGCAAUAUCAAGACAAGGAAAUUGAAGAAAUCCCACAGACCAGUCAUGCAAAUGCAAAUGCUUACAUCCUUUCGUCUGGUCGUUGGACUGUUAACCAAGGGGCUCAACAAAGCACUCGGAAACCAACUAUUGAUCAAGAAUUUGAGCAUUACUUUUCCACACUUAUGCUGUAGAGAAGACCACUUCAAUGUGAACUUCUGUAGAUAUUGUUGAAUUAAUGUGACUCAUCAUAAAAGUGAAAAUAUGGAAAACUCAACAAGACAUGAGGUAACUCUUUUAACUUUUCAUUUUUAAUUUCCCCUUCCUAUCUCCAGAUGAAAUUAGGUUUUGGACUGUCAGUUGUACAAUCAUAAUUGUGGUAAUUAAUUGUGCUAUAGCUUUGUCAAUCUUCAUAAAAAUUAUCAUCUCUAGAGCUUGAGACUCCAAGUUGGACGUCUUAGGUUCAAUCCUC